UAAUCAUUCUUUAACCCCUUCCAACUUGACUUCCGGAGAUCCCUAUACUUCGACUGGUAUAUCCUUACUAGUGUUCUUGAAUUGUGAAAAUCCAGUGAAAUCUCCUUAUUACAUUAACACAACUUCUUAUUGCGACAAUGGAAUCGAUUCCUCGUCACUGAAAGGCUUUUCUUACGUUCUGGCUGGACAAGUGAGUGUUUGGUAUGUUGCCGAUUCCUGCACUGUCCAGACCAUUGCUGUUUCUUCCUCACCAUUGCUGAUUGGAACUGAAAUUGCAUCGAGUUUUUCACUCUCGGAUGUUAACAAGGCGUUGGAAUAUGGGUUUGAGGUUUCGUGGGAGUUCAAAACCUGUAAAGGUUGCAAAAAACGGGCAUCUUGCUUCGGCGAUGCCGUGAAUGUCGUUGCCGCUUGCUCCAGUGUCUGCUCUUUUCAGCCUUCCUUUCUAAGCAAGUUGUGGAGCUUCAUCUCAACUUCAUUCUUGCCCUGGCUGAUUGUCUUAGGAGCAAUAUUCAUCCUAGCAACAAGGAUUUUAUGUGGGCCAUGUGUGUUUGGAUUUUUAAUCUAUAAGUUUAGGAGAAGGCAUUUAUCAAUGUUUGAUAGCAUUGAAGGUUUCCUACGAAGUCAAAAUAAUCUCUUGCCUAUUAGGUACUCAUACUCAGAUAUCAAGAAAAUGACUGAAGGUUUUAGGGACAAGUUAGGGGAAGGAGGCUAUGGUUCUGUAUAUAAAGGAAAGCUUCGAAGUGGCACUCUUGUGGCAGUUAAGAUGUUGAGUAAGCCUAAAGCUGAUGGGCAAGAAUUCAUCAAUGAAGUUGCCACCAUAGGAAGGAUUCAUCAUGUCAAUGUGGUUCAGCUAAUUGGAUUUUGUGCCGAGAGAUCUAAGCGUGCUCUUGUUUAUGACUUCAUGCCUAAUGGGUCUCUCGAGAAGUACAUCUUUUAUGGGAAAGAAAAAUCUUCCUUAAGUUGUAAGCAAAUGUAUGAAAUCUCUCUUGGAGUGGCACGUGGGAUUGAUUAUUUGCAUCGAGGUUGUGAUAUGCAGAUCCUACACUUUGAUAUAAAGCCUCACAACAUUCUCCUUGAUGAGAAUUUCACUCCAAAAGUUUCUGACUUUGGGCUUGCGAAAUUGUAUCCAACAGAUGAUAGUAUUGUACCUCUCACUACAGCAAGAGGAACCAUGGGUUACAUGGCCCCAGAGUUGUUUUACAAAAAUAUUGGAGGUGUUUCAUAUAAAGCUGAUAUUUAUAGUUUCGGAAUGUUGUUGAUGGAAAUAGCAGGCAAGAGACGGAAUUGGAAUGCAUCAGCUAAUUCAAGCCAAAUUUUUUUCCCUUCCUGGGUUUAUGACCAAUUAUCAGAUGGAAAGCAUAUAGAAAUGGAAGAGACGACGGAGGAGGAGAGGGGGAUGGUAAAGAAGAUGAUGGUAGUAGCUUUAUGGUGCAUACAAAUGAAGCCUAGCAACCGGCCUGCCAUGAACAAAGUUGUAGAGAUCCUCCAAGGAAGUAUUGAAUUCCUUCAGAUGCCUCCCAAACCUUUUAUAUAUUCACAGGCGAUGCCGACUGAGAAUCAUGGAAAUGACAUAGACCCUGCACAAUUGCCCAUUCUAUCAGGCGCUUGUAUGGAUUCCUUAACAAUAGAUGUAAGUGCACGUUAAGUACAUUGCACCAAACAAUAUUUAUUCAGGGGCAAUGUUGACACUCUCGUAUACUAUGUUACACGGACUGUUCAAAAUAAAUCAAAUACCCAUGUUGGACAUUCGACACUCGGACAAGGGUCAGAUAUUUUUUAAUGGAUACUUCUUAUAUAA